AUGUACAUGCUGAAGGCACAAGGCUACCAGUACAUCGUGCAGGCCCACUGCAGUCUCUCCGCAUGGCCCGAAUGGCGAAUGUUAAAGACCAAAACUGGACGAACACUUGGCGCAUUUAUUUUCGAAGAGAUUCUCUGCCACUGGGGAGGACUUGAGGAGAUCGUCACGGACAAUGGUACACCUUUCGUCGUGGCACUAGACUGGCUCUCGCACAGGUACCACAUCAAUCACAUUCGGAUUUCGGCAUACAACUCGAAGGCUAACGGCAUCGUCGAACGCCCGCACCGCACUAUCCGCGACUCGCUCGUCAAGGCCUGCAACGGUGACAUUACAAAAUGGCCAUCCUAUGCUCCACACGUCUUCUGGGCUGACUGCGUCACUACUCGAAAGUCUACUGGCCACUCUCCGUACUUCAUGGCUCAUGGUGUUGAACCCCUAUUACCCUUCGACAUAUCUGAGGCAACAUUCUUGCUCCCGGAUAUCACAGCCAAGCUCGACACCGCAGACCUGAUUGCUCUUCGUGCACGCCAGCUCAUGAAGCAUGAUGAAGACCUUGGUGACAUUCACGCAAAAAUAUUGCGCACUCGCCUUACGUCUGUUGCCGCGUUCGAAAAGCGCUAUGCCAACACGAUUCACGACUACCAUUUUAAGCCUGGUGCUCUCGUUCUGGUCCUGAACAAGAAGAUCGAGCCUGACUCCAACCAGAAAUGCAAGCCCCGCUAUUUCGGGCCUAUGGUUGUUGUCCGCCGCUCUCGAAUGGGAUCCUACCGUCUUGCUGAAGUCGACGGCACCGUUUCGAAACUCAAGUUCGCUGCUUUCCGCUUGAUUCCCUACCAUGCACGUUCCUUGCGGUCACUUGAAGUCACGGAGUUUGUUGAUCCAUCUGACCUUGCUGGAGUUGAUGAAGACUUGGAUUCUCAAGAUGUUUCGGAUGCGGACAUCACGACCAACACACUGCCAGUGCUGAGGGCAUGCCAUGCAGGUGCCAAUGCACGAGUAUGCCCAGCAUCACCAAUGCAUUGCACCAUGUCGACAGCACCAGGGGCAUGUGCCCAGGAUGAUGCACCCACCAUGCUGCUAACACUGAGGGCACACCAUGACUGCGCCACAACCCAGCCAUGCAUCAUGCCAACCACACACCCCACUGCCGUGUUGACAAUGCGACCCCCUCCUUCGCCGACCACACACCCCGCAUCUGAUGUUCACGAUGGACCACCACCCUCCUGCACCAUUGAGCAGCCGACCUCAAUGGCGCCAGUGGACCGCAAUGCAGUGCCACGGCAUCGUGCCCAGGACACCCCGAGGCAGCAGCACCUGUGUACAACAGUGCACAGUUGCUGCCCCACCCACCUCCAUUGA